UUUAACGAAUCUUAAUGGAAAGUGUCAAGGAUAAUCCGAUUAGUUGCGAUACGACAAAUGCAGAGAAGUUAACAUCAUUAGGUCAUGUCAGUGAUAAUCGUCCAUCUGGCAGUGAAACAACGCCACUUAUUGGUGAAAGCUGGUGGCAAAAGAUACCAAAACGACAUGUUGUGGCCGUUAUGGCCUUUUGGGGAUUUUUCAAUGUAUACGCGCUCAGAGUCAACUUAAGCGUAGCCAUUGUAGCAAUGGCAGAAGAUUAUGACUGGGAUACAAAAUUACAAGGAAUUAUCUUGGCUUCGUUUUUUUGGGGUUACAUUGUGACGCAGAUACCGGGUGGUAAGUAAUACUUUU